GGACUCGGCGACCCCACUCACGUCCCCAUCCCACGACUCGGAGCCUCGGCAAACAAUCGAACAAGUGGCGGAGAGAAAUGGGAGAUGGAGAUCGCGGGCCGUGAGGGACGCCCUCAUCACCGUCUCCUCAACCCUAACCCCUCUUCCUCCACGGUUUAGACCAGAGGGAGAUAGAGAGACCGAUGGAGGGAGAAGAGAUCGGUUUGGUGCUGGCGCGAGCAUCCGAGCUCCGGUCCAAGAUCAUCGGUUGCAUCGGUGGCAACCGGGCCGGAGGACGAGCCGGGACCCAAGGGGAAGAGGGGGAGGAGGAGGAGGAAGCCGGGAGCCUCGUCGGUAUCCGUGACGCCCUCGACUCGUUGGAACGACAUCUCGCGGCCUUGCAGGCACUGCAGCAUCAACAAAGGUACGAAAGAGAAUCGAUUCUAGCCCAGAUUGAUCAUAGUCGAACUAUAUUGCUCAGCAAACUCAAGGAGUACAAAGGGGACGAGCUGGAAGCAAUUCACGAAGUUGCAGCUUUUGCCGGCGAAGCAGUAGAACGUGCCGAUGGCCUGGUCCUGCCCCCAUAUCCCACCCACCUUCCUGACUUGUUCAUAUUGGAUGACAUUGGUGCCAGUUCACACUGCAUGUGGAAGAGUAAGAGUAAACCCUCUUGCAAUGGACCGAUAGCUAACACGAAACAUCAAGGCAAGGGAGCUGCAGCUGCAACUGAUAAGAACCAGGGCAGCAGGUCAUCAAAUGGAAUCAGACAUGUCAUUGGUUUGGUUGUUAAAUCAGCGAUAACAUUUGUUAGUGUGAUGUCUAUACUAAGUUUCGCCGGUUAUCAGCCAGUGCUUAAGAAAAGACCCCAGGCCAUGCUGCUGUUUGGUGGGCAAGCACCCAGAGGGAGGCAGGUCACGGUUCAGUGCCCGCAAGAGAAGUUUAUGGUCGUCGAAGAUGGCAAAGUACGGUGUUUCGUGAAAGAGCGAGUUGAGGUUCCAUUUGAGUCAGAUGUUACAAGUCCAAAUAUAAGAUAUGGAUUUGGAUGAGACAAUUAUCUGAACUUGUAAAUUGUUUUUAGCAUCACGAUCUUGAUGUUUUGAGCUUGGUCGUUUAGACAUCAUGUAUGUAAUGCAAAUAAGGCAGAGACGUGAAUAUUCCCUGGUUUUUUCUUUGUAAGAUGUUGUCACGGAACAAUGUUCGACACA